AUGCCAGCUAGCUCGCCUGAUUCGACUUUGCCAAACGGGCAAGACGGAGCUAUCCCGCCAGGUGUCGCCGGCUACGCGAGGAAGACAAAGGCCAAGAAACCCGUAGACAUGAACGCGUCGAAGCUGCUUAAGCAUCGCAUUGCGCAGCUGGAGCAGGAUGCUGCCGGUGAAAAGGAUCAGGAGGCCGAGAUUGAGCGCGAGGUCAAGAAGGCAAGCCGGGAGAUGAUGCUGCAGGUAUCCAAGAUGACCGACAUGGCCAAAAUUGAGCACCUUACGCGCAAAUCCAGCGAGCUCCUGGCCGAUAUGCGACGCAUGGAGCGGGAGAACCAGAAGAAUAAGAAGCGGGGCGACGCCCUUCAAAAGGAGAAGGAUGCGAACCGCACCGAGCUCAGCAAGACGGUCGGCCUCAAGGACAAGUUGGAGAAGCUGUGUCGUGAGCUGCAGAAGGACAACAACAAGUACAAGAACGACAACAAAACCUUCCAGGACAACCUCAAGCACAAUAGCGCAUCCUACGAUGAGAAGUAUUCGAUAUUACUGUCCAAACUCGAGGGCAUACAGGAAGAAAAGGACCAUCCUCGCAAGCAGGUUGUAGAGAUAGGCGUCGAGACGCUGUUCAGGAACCGUUUCAAGUCCUUUAUUGAGCAGUACGAGCUCCGGGAGCUGCAUUUCCACUCGCAGAUGCGCACCAAAGAGCUCGAGGUGCAAUACCACAUGGCACGGUACGAGCGUGAGAAGAAGAACGCGGAAGCCGAAGCUGCCAAGGCGCGCCAACUCCAGGAGCAGGUCCGGACCUUCACCAAGACGGAGACAGAACUGAGGAAUCAGCUCAACGUUUACGUGGACAAGUUUAAGCAGGUUGAGGACACACUCAACAACAGUAACGAUCUAUUUCUCACGUUUCGGAAGGAAAUGGAGGAGAUGUCUAAGAAGACGAAGCGGCUGGAGAAGGAGAACGAGACGAUGAAGCGCAAACACGAGGCGACGAAUGCCAACAUUAUCUCCAUGGCGGAGGAGCGCGAGGCCAUGCGGACCAAAACGGCCGAAGCAACCAAGAAGACGGGCAAACUUAUCAGCAUCAUUGAGCAGAUGCAGCAGCAAGGCCGCAAAGUACCUCCGGGCAUGGCGGCCACGCUGGAGAGCUGCUACUCGGACAGUAACGGGCAGGUGGAUGGGGACGGAAGCGACUAUUCUGACGAGGGCGACGAUGAUGAGCAAAGCGAGGAGUUUGAUGACGACACGGAGGAAGAGCCGCAAGCCGCCGAUGACGUGCCGCCACGUCCUUAUGGCCCCGAACGUCCGCCCGAGGAGUCUGCACGCCGCACUUCAGGGGCUAGCUUCAAGACGGUACCAGUAUCGCCCGCCGCGCUCGUCGACACUUGCGAGAGCAAGCUGGAUGUGCAACGGGACGAUACGCCGGCAGUUGUGGGCCUUGACGCGAGCAGCCGGUCUCACUCGAUGCCAGAAAUGGCGGUCGGGGAUCGCGAGUUGGCCAGUAGUAUCCAGCACCCAAGCAGAACGAUGCCAGGCUCCUAUCAUUUCGACGUCGACGUCGUCGGCGUCACAGGCACGCUUGAGGACCACGACGCUCCGGAGAGACGGCGAACACGGCUGCUAUCCCGCCUCACGCGGUUCACGCGAUGGGGGCUGUAG